AUGGCUACUAAGACCGAGGCCGCGUCCAUCGCCGGAUCUCUUCAAAGAGGCAAGGCGUGCUUGCGAUGCAGAAAACGGAAGAUGCGCUGCGACGGCGUGAAGCCAGCUUGUCAACAAUGUAUCCGCGCGAAGAAGGCAGACGGUUGCGAGUACGACGAUGGCAAAGGCAAGACAAGAACGCAAAUUUUGCGUGAAACCAUCGCACGACUCGAAAACCGCAUCCGAGAGCUCGAAGAUCCCGAAUACAUUUCGCCCGCUGUCACCCUCUAUGAUCCCAACCUUCACCAACGGUCAGGCUCGUCGUCGUCAAUAAGUUCCGCGGGAGGAACGCCUCUCUCCGCGAGCCAUUCACCGUUCGCUUCAGUAGAUUCUACAAACUCGCCUCAUGAUUCGUGGACCCAUCUACCCAGUGUGCCUUCACCCUCUCCAUCACCGUUCAGCCCAGAUCUGUACUUCGAAGAAGCCAAAGUUCAGCCACCAUUCGAACUUGCGCUCAUGCUUUUGGACAUUUACGCACCUCAUCGCCAGCAAUCCGGGUUGCUGCUUCACACCGAGAGACUGCGUGAAAGCUUGAGCUUGCCUCCUUCCGAGCAGCGUCAUCCAGUCUUAAUGAACGCUAUCUACCUUUGGGCCUGCUUCAUAUCGCGUCCCGAGCCCCUCUGCCAACACGAGGAGCACUACCUUGCACGUGCUCUCGAAGCUAUUGGAGAAGCUAUUCGGCUUGGAAACCAUGCCUUGGACGUCAUUCAGGCUUCGUGUCUUCUGUCGAUGUACUUCUUGUCUAACGGGCGCAUGCUAGAAGGGAGUUAUCAUGCAUCAGCUGCUGUCGGCCUUGCCGUACAAUGUGGUCUCCACCGAGGCAUCUCCCUGGAUUCCCAAUCAUGGAUCCCCCAGAGCGCCGAUUCAUUUGAUAUCAAGCCUGUCAAAGAUCUUUCGGAAAGUGAACGUGUUUUGACGUUCUGGCAAGUGUUCAAUUUGGAUCGGUGUUGGGCAGUGGUCAUGCGUAGGCCGUCUAUGAUCCCAGAUGGUCCUGAUGGGUGGAACUCAAUCAACACCCCAUGGCCCUUGGAUAUCGCCGACUACGAAGCUGGCCAAAUGCAUCAAGGCAGCUCUUAUUUGACUGUGAGGUCGUUCCUCAAUGGUGACGUCUCUGGUGGGUACUCGACACAGGCCGCUCGUGCUAAGGCAACUGCUCUUUUCUACCGCGCCGACGAGGUUGUGUCGAACUGGGAUCCUCGGGUAACACCUUCUGGCUCUCUUCUUGAUGACAUGCAAACUCUGGAACGAGCGAUCACGCAGUUUGUUCCUAGCAUGAUUCCCAUACAUCAGCUGGACGCAGCUAGCCCCGAGGACAAGCCCGCUAUCAUUGUUGCACACACACUUGCGCAGGCCACUAUGAUUCAUCUCUACCGGCGCUUCGCUCAGAGCGACGGAGUGUCAUAUGCCAAAUGCCUUCGCGCUGCGCAUACUUGCGUUGCCAUCAUCAAGCACCUAUCUGAGGCUGAUUUCACCUUACUAGAGCCCAUAAUCAGCCAUUGCUGGACCGAUGCGGCAGAUAUCUUGAUGCAGGAGCUGAACAAUCUCGAAACAUCCUGGCCUUUGAUGAACAGUUCUGACGUUCGAAACGAGAUCGGGGUACUGCUUUAUGCUGUGACUAGUCUUGGGUCUCGCUUUCCCCUUCUCGCUGAACAGCAGAACCAACCGUGGAUGCGUCCGCUCUACAUGGCGCCUUCUCCACGACCGAUCAGCCGAGACGGCAUGGACAAAGUUCAACUCCAGCAACAACAGCAGCAACCUUCUCCCCAACGGCUGCAGCAGCAAUCAUACGGCCUCCCUGCAGAAUCUCCCGGAUCGCGACUGGAAAGGAGCUCCACCUGCCGACGUGUCAGUCGAACGACCACGCAAUGA